AUGUGCUGCCAGGGACCAGUGGCAAUACCCGGCAUACCAGGUCUGCCAGGACCGGUGGGACAGGUGGGACCCUAUGGCCCACCGGGGUCAAAGGGCGAAAAAGGUGAAACGGGACCUCUUGGCCCUAUGGGUGAGCGGGGAGCACCUGGGAACUCUGGAUCUAGAGGAGACGACGGCAUUGGCCUCCCUGGCAAGAUAGGACCGAUAGGUCCACCAGGUUCAGUUGGUGUCAAAGGUCAAAAGGGUGAACCAGGAAAGACUCCAGACGACUCCAACCAGCGGGUUGCAUUCACCGUGAAAAACGAGGACACGGUUGUCUCUGCUCAUAGCAAUGAUUCAGGUCCCUAUGAGCAGGUGUCUGGGAACAUGGUGCUUGUUCUGCAACAGGGAGAUACGGUGUAUCUGACUAUGUUCGGUACGGCGUAUAGUGAUGUCAGUCACUACACCUCAUUCAGUGGCUUCCUCCUUUAUCCCUUAUAG